AUGCAUAACGCCGCGCUUCUAGCAAAGGAAAAUGUUGAUUUACGCACUGCAAAUAAAAAGAAACGACAAAAGCGUACACAAUCAUAUCGAAAAAUACCACACGAAGGAGGGUUUACCGUUGAAGAAGCGUUAAAGGUUAUUCAGCAGCCAAUUCAGGCUGUUGAACCUGUUGAGCAACCUCUACCAGAGCCUAUUGAGCCGCCUGUUCUACCACCUCCACCAACCUGA